GUCAUACGAUUGUAUAUAUACUUUACAUAAUGCAAUAUACCAAGGCAAGGGUUUUGCCAAGUAACAUGGUAUCAGAAGCCUACUAGCCGCCCUCUCUUCUUUUCUACUUCCUCUUCGUAUCUUCUUCUUCUUCUUUCUCAAAAUCAUGGUUCUUACAACUGAAAAAUCUUUUGGCGUUACACAUAUCAAGUCCUACAUCCCUAUCGUCUUAGAUAUGCAGAAGAUGAAUUAUGAUGCUUGGCGUGAAUUAGUUGAGACCCACUGUCUCAGCUUUGGUGUUUCUGGCCACCUCGAUGGCACUUCUCUACCGACGAAUGCUGAAGACACACCAUGGAAGGAACGUGAUGGUCUCGUCAAGAUGUGGAUCUAUGGUACCAUCUCCUCUUCUCUCCUCGAUACAGUCCUCAAAACUCGCUGCUCUGCUCGUGAUCUAUGGGUCACUAUUGAGAAUCUUUUCUGCGACAACAAAGAGGCCCGUGCUAUUCAACUUGAAAACGAACUUCGAUCUCUCACCAUUGGCGAUAUGUCAGUCCAUGAUUAACAAACAUACCUAGAGCACUUCACCUCAAGUCCUGCACGCUGGCACUACGCAAGGUAACGUCCCACCUGGACAAACCUCUAACUACGUCAACAACCGUGGAGACCAGCACCAAGGCAAGGGUUUUGCUAAGUAACAGUUUCUAAUUGAUGUACCAGAUUUGUUGUGAACCUGUGUUGUUCAUGCAGACUAUCAAAGAUGAACAAGAAGAAACAAGAGGUGAUGAAGAGAGGGAUUCAGCUCGGAGAAGCUGUGUAUGAAUACGCAAAGGGUGACUACAAACAGGCUCUAGAACUGCUAGGUUCAGAUUUUAACGCCUUUGGUUACAAGAUCAUUGGAGCAUCAGAUGAACAGAUUGAUGUCUUCAACGAAAUAUGGUGCCAGCUGUUGCUAAAGAUAGGCCAAUCCUCAACUGCCAAAGGAGUGAUAAAAGAGAGGAUCAAGGUCAGAGAUGGUGUUCCUUUCACGUGGCGUUUACUGGAGAAGAGUUGUGACAUGGAAGGCAAUGCAGAGGCUGAGAGUGCAGGAGAGAGAGCUAAGAAGCUGGAAUCUUCUUAUUUUUAACUAUGCUGUUGCUUCUUGAUAAUAACUUAAUAUGGUGUUUACACGUUUCUAAGAUGAAGAGUAAAAUCCUUUGGAAUAAGUGUGGUGUACAUACUGUUUUAAAAGUAAAGAAGAAAGACUUUUACUUGUGGCUUUAAGUUUUCUGUAAAUCCAUAUGUGAUCUUUAUAUAUAUAUUAUAGCUUAAAAGAUCUAUCUUAUGGCCACAAUCUUCAAUUCUAUUACAAUGCUUAGCUCCAUUAUAACAAUAAACAGCAGUUUUUCCUAUUGGUAGGUUUGCUAUUACACAAUCAAGUGUGACAGUAUCAGGAUUCAGGAGUGCAUGCAUACAUUUUACAAACUAACAGCCAACUUUAAUCAAAAGGUUGAACUGAUUACAUAAACUAACAAUACAACUCUUGAUCAUACUCUAAUGUAAUAAUAUAAGAGAAUUGUUAGCUAGAAACGGGUAUUACCACGAAAAAUAAUAGCUCUGGAGGAGUUUUCUCUAGCGACAGUGCCAGCCAUAAGCAGAUGCCAAAAUAUGGAUCUUUUCAGAUAGAAUUUUCAACGUGCAUAUGGUCAGGUCCACUCCUUUUUACACUUACAGCCCGUGUUUUCGAGAACUCAAGUCUUGGUCUUUUUGUCUCUCUUAAAAUUAUAGAAGUAUCUUAUCAUUUUGAACAUGUGUAUUAUUUUGCCAUAUUGUCUCUUAGUGACACUUGCUUUUUCUUUUGAUUUUUUUUAGAUUUAGUCUAGUUUUAAAAUGUAUUUUUUUCUAAGGUUGUGUAACAUUUUCGUAAUACUAAUACGAUCAGUAUAUAAAUACGUAUUAGUAUUUAUUUUUGUGGCAAAACAACUUGAGACUGAUAAUCCUAUUGAAAUUUACAACAUUCUAAAUGGUAUGUGUAAAUUAUAUGAAGUAAGAUACUACAUUUUCAAAACUCGUGUACGUCUUGAAUAAUCUAUCUCUCUCAAAACUAAUAUUUUUAUUCAAAUAAAAACACAAAUAUAAUUAUAUUUAUACGUAAUAAUUCUCAAGUCAAGCGUCAACUCCUUUAUUUUGUUAGUUAACAAAUUAUAACCAUAAAAAAAAGGAAAGUACAAUGCAAUGCAACACACUGAGACCGAGUUUACCAAAACAUGGUGUGCGGAGACCACUAAAACCAAAACCAACUAGUGACAAGUCGAACACAGCUUCAGCACUCUCUUUCUUAUCUCGACCACUCUCUUGUUUUUGGCUUAAAUAAGUAUCUACCAUAUGUUUAAUUCUCUCUUAUCUCUACCUCUCUAUACUAUAUAUAAACGUAUCAACGUGAGUCAUAGUGAUCAGCCAGGUUACAAGAGAUACGUGUGAAUUAUUAAAGAUGUCGUCUUCUAUAGUUUCUUCAGUGCUAUUUCUUCUUCUCCUGGUCUUUUCCCUUCAUAUGGAUGACGCAUCUGGUGCUCAAACUGAAAUCCGUAAACUUAAAGAGUCGGUCAAGAAGAUCAGAAUUUUGGAAGGAGGUGAAAACAGAAGCUCCAAAACGGCGGCUGGAGGGAGCACAACGAAGCGUUGCAAGGGCCUCGCCAAAACAUUUAAAAACAUGGCGACCACUUAUCGUCCUGGCCAUGGUCAGUUCCGUCCUCUUUCAGGAGUAUACUUGUCUUCUCCCUGUCAGCCCUGCCCCCCGCGCUCCUUCAACUGUUUUUCUUUUAGUUGCGUUACCACCGUACACUGUCAAUCCAUCAACGGCUCAACACCUACGUGCACACGCUCCGAGAAAUGUACACGCAUACAGCCUGGCCAUUGAUCAGAUUAUAAAACUUCAAACUAUAUAUAUAUCGUGUUAUUUUUAUUUUUUUUUCUAUGGUUCUCCGUUUCAAUACAUAUGUUUCGUGCUGUAUUGUCAUAUAUAUUUUAGAUUUAUCAUUUAUCAGAUGUAAAAUCUGAUACUUGUUGUAUGAGGGAAAAUUGUCUAUUCCCCUAUAAACUAGUUGUUCCCGGUUUUUUCACACACAAACUUUAAAGUCAUGUCAAAAACCACAUGAACAACAGAAAAAUUGGUUCUUCCCCUA